AAAGUCUAAUUGACCGUUAAGAUGUAGAUGGCUCAGAACUCAGAAGGUUCCCAGAACAAAAUAUUGCUCUUCCAAAGGUCUACAGUGAGAUGUUUCUUUCUCUGAAUCAGUACUAUAUAAACCCUUCAUUCCAUGGCAUUUGCAAUUUACAUCGAACAAUACAUUUUUUAAGUCACCAAGAAGGGUAGUAAAAGGAAACACGACGAACAAUCUUUCAGUUCUCUGCGUUAUUACAAGCUUUUUCCUUCGAGCCCCUCUAUGGAGAAAAUGGAGUUGUCGCCAUUGAGAAACGUCACAAGGCAGAAAACAGAAAAGCCAAGAAGCAAAAGGGUGUGGAGAUUGAAGCUUAAUGUUACUUGGCAGGGUAUGAAGAAAGCCUUGAAAUCCGUUCUGAGGCAUCGGCGGCUUCAUCUUGCUUCAAACCUGAAAACACUCUCCACCCUCAAGAAAGAUAUGGCUAUUAUUAGGCCGAUUCGACAUGUAAUGAAAAAGAAAAAGACCCUUCGUCCUAUGAUGCCAUUAGGACAACUCAUUCAAUUACCGUACACAGCAGCAGAUUUCAUCGACCGCGGUGAUGCCAUGACUCCUACCAAGUCCCCAAAGGAGAAUAUAUCCACACAAUGGCGUGAGCUUCAUGGUUUGCACCACUGGGUUGGUCUCGUUGAGCCUCUCCAUCCUUGGCUUAGGCGAGAGAUUGUCAAGUACGGAGAAUUCGUCCAAGCAACUUACGAUGCUUUUGACUUUGAUCCUUUAUCAGAGUUUUGUGGAAGCUGUAGAUACAAUCGAAGCAAGUUCUUUGAAGAACUAGGCCUCACUAAACAUGGUUACAAGGUUACCAAGUACGUUUACGCCAUGUCCCAUGUCGAUGUUCCUGAAUGGUUCGAGAGGUCAUAUUGUUCUUGGAGCAAGGAUUCUAACUGGAUGGGGUACGUGGCAGUCAGUGGUGAUGCCGAAUCUGCAAGAAUUGGGAGGAGAGAUAUCCUCGUGGCAUGGCGGGGCACGGUGGCACCUUCCGAGUGGUACACUGACCUCAAAACAAGUCUGCAGCCUCUUGGGAAAACCAAUAUCAAGGUCCAGCUUGGAUUCCUUAGCAUCUACAGUUCCAAGGGUGAGUUUACUAGGUACAACAAGUUGAGUGCAUCUGAACAAGUCAUGGAAGAAAUAAAACGGCUUGUUAGCUUCUUCAGAGACAGAGGCGAAGAAGUUAGCUUAACGAUCUGUGGUCAUAGCCUUGGGGGUGCCUUGGCACUCCUCAAUGCCUAUGACGCUGCAACUUACUUCCCUGAUCUCUUCAUCAAUGUCAUCUCUUUUGGUGCACCAAGAGUCGGGAACAUACAUUUCAAGGAGAAGCUCAGAGAACUAGGAGUCAAGACACUACGGGUUGUUGUCAAGCAAGAUAUAGUCCCAAAAUUGCCAGGGUUUAUACUCAACACGAUUCUUAACAAGUUCACCGCGGUUACUGGAAGAUUGAAAUGGAUUUACAGGCAUGUUGGAACACAAUUGAAGCUUGAUGCACUCACGUCACCCUAUUUAAGGCGUGAUACGGAUUAUACGGGGUGCCAUAAUUUGGAGACAUACCUCCAUCUGAUCGAUGGAUUCAUUAGCAAGACAUCAAAGUUUCGAUGGAAUGCCAGAAGAGAUGUUGCCUUGGUGAACAAGACAACUGAUUUGUUGAUAAAGGAGCUAAAGAUCCCUGACUCUUGGUACCAAAAGCCAUUCAAGGGACUUGUGCUGAAUAAAUAUGGUAGAUGGGUUAAACCAGGAAGAGAACCUGAACACAUUCCUUCUCCACUAAGCAUUGGUUCCCCUCACAAUCCUAUAUUUUAGAUAAAUGUUGAUGUCCAUUCAAACAUGGAUGUAGAGUCCAUUUUUGAGUGUUUCUUUUCCUUUUUCUGUUGAUAUAAAUUCAUUUAUUUGUUCAACACCUGAUCUGUAAAAGCUCUUCAUCGUUGAGGUUUUGCUUUGUAAUGACAUCUUGUUCCACAAAAUAUAUAGUUUUUGAGUAA